CAUAAAACUUUUAAUAUUUGAUAAAUAUAACAAGCACAGACUCGAUAAUAAUCAUAAUGAAGCUAUCACAUAUGGUAUGAACGAGUUGCAUAUGAUUUUAGUGAAGAGACGAAUAAAUAUUGUGGCAAUGAAUUUCGCUAUGAAUUCGAACAAAAUGGUGAAAAGGCCGCAUGCUAGAUGGACAAACCAUGGGCAUCUCUGCCUCUGUUUACAAGAUGUACAUCCUGCUGCUGAACUAACUAUCUGCAUGGAUAUCUCUAGCAAUCCUGGACCGGCAAAUAUAACAGAAACAUCCUUAGACAUGAAUUGUACAAACAACACAUCGGCAAUAUUGCAAACCCAUAAAUCGGCAUCG